AUGGCAGCGACACAACAACGUGUGGUCAUCAUAGGAGCAGGAAUUGUGGGCGCCAAUCUCGCCGAUGAAUUGGUCACUCGGGGAUGGCAGGACAUCACUGUCGUCGAGCAGGGCCCGUUGAACCUGCCGGGCGGCUCAACCUCCCACGCCCCCGGACUGGUGUUCCAGACCAAUGGUUCGAAGACGAUGACGCGUCUUGCGCAAUAUACGGUCGACAAGCUGCGAUCGCUAAGUGAUGAGAAUGGCAUGCCGUGCUUCAAUUCGAUAGGAGGUCUCGAGGUGGCCACGACACCGGCCCGAGUCGAAGAGCUGAAGCGCAAGUUCGGCUAUGCGAAGUCCUGGGGUGUUGAAGCGCGUCUUCUGACAAAGGAAGAGUGUUUGGAGAAGUAUCCCCUGCUUAACAAGGAUCUCGUACUCGCUGGUCUUCACACUCCGACCGAUGGUCUCGCGUUAGCUGCCCGCGCAACCCAGCUGCUCAUCGCCCGGACCCAGCAGGCCGGGGUCCGCUACCGAGGCUCAACGCUUGUUACAGGCAUUGAACAGACAGGAUCUCGUGUGACGGGCGUGAAAACCUCCCAGGGUGUAAUUCCCGCUGAUAUCGUCAUCUCCUGCGCCGGCUUUUGGGGCGUCGAAAUCGGUGCCAUGGCCGGUGUCUCCAUCCCUCUCCUACCACUUGCCCACCAGUAUGCGAAGACAACCACAGUCCCCGCUCUAGCGAACCGCGACAUCAACAACCGUCCAAAUGGGAUGAACGCGAGUAUGCCCAUCUUGCGGCAUCAGGAUCAGGAUCUAUACUACCGGGAGCAUGGAGACCAGGUGGGAAUUGGAUACUAUGGACACCGUCCAAUGCCGGUAGUGGCGGCGACUUUGGGUCAGACUCCAGAGCACGUUGACGAGAAGCAUAUGCCCUCGCGGCUUGAGUUCACGGCACAAGACUUUGCGCCCGCAUGGACAGCCUCACAGGAGCUUCUGCCUGUUCUCCGUGAUACGCAGUUGCAGGACGGAUUCAACGGCAUCUUCUCCUUCACCCCAGACGGAGGACCCCUCGUCGGACAAGCAUCAAGCCUCGACGGUUUCUACGUAGCAGAAGCCGUCUGGGUCACACACUCCGCAGGAGUCGCGCGAAGCAUGGCGGAGAUGCUUACAAACGGAGCAUCCACCAUCGACCUCACAGAGUGCGAGCUAUCUCGCUUCGAAGAAGUACAGCUAAGCCGGGACUACGUCAAUGAGACCUCGCAACAGAACUUUGUAGAAAUCUACGACAUUCUCCAUCCUCUGCAACCGAGAGAGUCCCCCCGACAACUCCGAGUGAGCCCCUUCUAUGAGAAACAGCGGGCACUCGGGGCCUUCUUCCUCGAACUUGGCGGCUGGGAACGCCCAUUCUGGUACGAAGCAAACGCACAGCUCCUGCACGCCCUUCCAGCACAAUGGCAACCACCUCCCCGAGACACUUGGUCAUCUCGAUACACUUCCCCUAUUACCGCCGUGGAAGCGUGGAAGACCCGCAAUGCCGUCGCCAUGUACGAUUUAACCUCCUUCCACCGCGUACAAGUAUCUGGACCCGGCGCAGCCACCCUCCUGCAGCGCCUAACCACAAGCGACAUCACCGCCCCUCCCGGCGCCAUCACACACACUCUUCUCCUGAACUCCCAGGGCAAAAUCCGCAGCGACAUAUUCGUCGCACGCCUGGAACCCGACCUCUUCCAAAUCGGCGCCAACACCGCAACCGAUGUCGCCUACCUAUCCGUCGAAGCCCGCCGUCAAGGACAACACACCCCAGCCCAGUGGGUCCAGGUCUCCGAUAUCACCGGUAACACCUGCUGCAUCGGCCUCUGGGGCCCUCGCUCACGGGCUGUAAUCCGCGCCGUAUCCAACGACGACUUCUCCACCACCGCACUCCCCUACAUGUCCGUCAAACGCGCCACUGUAGCCGGCAUCCCCAUAACCGCUCUCCGCAAAUCCUACGUCGGCGAACUCGGCUGGGAAAUUCAAACGAGCGCCGAAUACGGUUCCCGUUUGUGGGAUAUACUCUGGCAAGCUGGCAAACCGCACGGCCUUAUCGCCGCAGGCCGCAGCGCUAUGAACGCCUUGCGGCUGGAGAAAGGAAUCCGGACAUACGGAGUAGACAUGACGACGGAGCAUGAUCCGCUCGAAGCGGGAGUUGCACAUCUUGUUGACCUCGAAAAGGCAGAGGAGUUUGUGGGCAAGGCUGCGCUUCAGAGUGCGGCGCAGCGGAAACAGCCUCCAUUGAGACGGCUGCGGUGCUUGACUGUGGAUGAUGGUCAUUCUAUGGUUAUGGGCAAGGAACCUGUCCAUUUUGAGGGCAGGCCCGUGGGGUAUGUUACUACUGCGGUGUUUAGCUAUACGACGAAGAAACCCGCUGCGUAUGCAUGGCUACCCGGGAGGGUUCGCGAGGGGGAUGCGGUUGUUAUUGAAUAUUUUGGGAGACAGAUUAAGGCGACGGUGUCGGCGGACCCGUUGGUUGAUCCCAGGGGAAGUAGGUUGCAUCGGGAGGAUACGGGUGAGGAUGCGUUUGAGACGCCGUUGAAGAAUCGUCUGUAG